AUGCCGGAUAACUUUGACGUGCUAACUGGACAGAAGGAAUUCGACGCUCUCAAUAAGCGUGUGAAUGAUUUAUCUCAAGAUCAGAGUGAAGGCUUCAAGGAAUUGAGUAAGAAACUUGAUGACGCUCAGAAAAAUCUAUCUCUGGCACUCAUAGCAGGACUGAGAAGGUUAUUUGAGACUCAGAUGGUGACCCUUGAAGCAAGAAUGUUGAAUAAACCAAAAGAAGGAGAUGGGUUAUUGGGAAACCCCAACAAAUCUCAGAACCAACCGAAGGAUGAUGAACCGGGAAAAGGUAACUACCAACUUCAAACUAAUCAAUUCACCGCUACUCAUAAACCUAAGAUAGAUUUUCCUAAGUUUGAUGGGAAUAAUCCUAGAUCUUGGAUUCAGAAGUGCAAUAAGUUUUUUCAGCUACAUCUGAUGGAUGAAGAGCAGAAGGUUAUGAUUGCCUCAUUACAUCUAGAAGGAAGGGCAGAUGUGUGGUAUCAAGAUUAUCAAGUAGGGAAGGAGUUGUUAUUGUGGGAAGAGUUCUGUGAUGAUAUCAAUUUCAAAUUUCAAGAACUGGGACAUGAUGAUGUGGUGGGUGAAUUUAACAAGCUUAGUCAGGAGGGUGCAGUCCUAGAGUAUCAAGAGUUGUUUGAAGAACUCAAGGCUUUAAUGAUCACUAAGAACCGUUAUCUGAAUGAGGCUUACUUCACAUCCAUCUUUGUUUGUGGGCUGAAGGAAGAAAUCAGAUUAGUUUUACAGAUGCACUCUCCUUCAACACUAAGCCAUGCCAUGUAUUUUGCUAGGAUGCAAGAAGCAGUGCUAGAAAAGAUAUCUAAGAAGGCUAAGUUUGUUUCAAGGCUUCCUCCAAUAUCUAUGGACAGCAGCAGCUCUAGAAGCUUUGUAACUCCUCCAAAAUCAAACUCACCCUCUCUCAAAAGUGGUGGCCGCUCAAAGUUACCUCCCAUCAAGAAAUUGACUUAUGCUGAAAUGAGGUCAAGAAGAGAAAGAAGGUUGUGUUAUAACUGUGAUGAAGAGUAUAAAUUUGGUCACAAAUGUGUUAAGCAGCAACUCUAUAUGUUAGUUGGUGAUGAAGAGGAAGCAGCUUCAACAGAAGAAGAAUCCCCUGGCAGCUCACCAGUCAUACAGGAGUUGGAACAACAAGUGGAGGUGUCACUACAUGCCUUAUCUGGUAAUGUUUCCCACAACACUAUUAAGAUUCAGGGGACUACUAGGAAUAAGAGAACCUUCACAAUUUUGAUUGAUAGUUGCAGUACCCAUAGUUUCAUAGAUCCUGAAAUGGCUAGGCGUAGUGAGACAUGGAUCAAAACAACUGCAGCAUUGCAAGUAGCUGUAGCUGAUGGUAACAAGGUACUCAGUGAUGCCAUGUGCCCACAAUUAAGCUGGAAGAUGCAGGGACACCCUUUUGUUUUUGAUGUGAGAAUAUUGGAGUUGGGAGGAUGUGAUAUGGUCUUAGGUGUGGAUUGGAUGAGAAACAUCAGUCCUGUGAAGUUUGAUUUCAAGAAGAUGACAGUCUCAUUCAGUCAGGAGGGCAAGGAAGUGGAGCUUAAGGGCAUUUUUGAUGAAGUAAGAGUGUCCUCUAUGUCAAUUGGAGCUUGCAAAAAAUAUUUGAAGAAGAACAAACAUGGGCUUGCAGGUCACUUGUUCUCCAUUACAGCAGUGGAACCCAAACCUGAGACCCCGCCAGUUCUUGAGCCACUUCUCACACAAUAUACCACCAUUUUCCAAGAACCCACUUCAUUACCCCCCCCCCCCCCCCCUUAA